AUGCAUAAGCUUGGAUUUCCUGAUCGUGUAUAUGCACAAGCAGCCGAUGUUUUCCAAGCAUCGUGCAUAGAGGAGACCCUGGAUGACGGCGCUAUCCAUUAUGCUCCCGUCCCACACUUCGCUAUGGGAGACUCUGGGAAUAAGCAGAACACAAAGCAAGUUGAGCUUUGGGCUUAUGAACUGGCAUUCAACACUCACAAAUUCCGAGCGCUGUUGGAGGACGUCCUGACAGACAGCUGCUUUCAGGCGACUCAACAUCUGCCGGAUGACCUCAUGGCCCUGGCGAUGGUCAUGCUGUAUGACCUGCAGGACAGAAAGUUCCAGCCCAGAAAGCCAAUGACAAGAGAAGGGGAGAAGCCUGUAGAGGAAGUGAGGCUGGUGGAGGACAGCCUCGUCAGGUUUAGGACAAAGCUUGCGGCUUCACUGGCUCGCUUUAGAAUCAAGCAGGAUCUGUUGUGUAUUGAGGACGUUCUGCCAAAACAUGUGAAGGAAAAGCACCUGAGAAAACAUAAACUACCCAUCUGUGCUUGGGUCAAUACAAUCAAGAGCAGCUUGGACGAAGUGUGUGUGGCUCUGAAGACACAGGGCUUCGUCCAGGUGGAUUCACACACACGUUUGGAAGGCAGGGUGUUCUGUAAGGACACACACUGUCCUGAUGUCCUGCUGUUUCCGCACCAAGCGCGAGAACUUCUGGACAAGACGACACUGCUGACAGAUCACACGCUUAUAAUACAGGAGAAGUCCCGCAGUCUGGCUGUGUCUGCGUUGCGCCCCCUGUUGGCUAAAAACACAGAUAUUCUAAUGGCAGGAUCGUUCUCUGCACACACCGUGGCUCACGUCGGCAUCCAGGCUUCUGUCUUUUCCAACCAUGUGUAUGUCUGUGGGUUCCCUACUGACUCCGCCCACAGGGAGGAGUUACAGGCGACACUGUCUCGAGUCGGCUGCAAAAAUGUUCGUUUGCUGCCGGAACAAUUUGCCGAGCUGAGCGAAGCCGAUUCUCGUCUCCAGAAGGUUCGACUUGUUCUCGUGUUGCCCAGAUGUACGGCUUCAGCGCUUACUGACCCAGUAGCUCAUAUUAUUCAUGAAGACGGAGACAGGAAGUUGUUGCAGCAUCUGUCUCAGGGUGUUGUAUCUGAUGCAAAACUGGAGCCCCUGAUCAAAAAACAGAUACAAGAUCUGAGCCAUGCCCUGACCUUUCCCAAGGUGCACGGCGUGGUGUACUGCACAUGCUCAGUGUUUGCAGAAGAGAAUGAGCUGGUCGUCAAAAGGGCAAUGAAGAACGCUGUGGUCAGAACCAAGUUGCGACCGUUCAGGAUAGUAUCUACAGGAAGGACAGAGGCCUCCGGCACCUGCGAGGGCUGCUUUCUCUGCGUGCUGAAGCGAGAGGAAGCAGAAAGCGUACAGGACAUACUGGUCCGUGCAGCAGCAAAAGGUCUUCUGAACGGACUGGCUCUUCCUCAAACACAAACACCAGCUCCAUCAACUCCUUCACUUCCUUCUCAAGCUGACCCCAGUGUCUCCAAGCAGCUCCACACCGACAUCCCAGGAUGUGGCGUAGAACCUACAGAGCCCUCACGCCAGCCUUCCCCUGGCCUAAGUGACGGUUCUGCAGAUCUGCAUCAGUCUUUCAAAGAUAUGAAUCAGAAAAAAAAGAAGAAAACUCGCAGGCGGAGAGUUAGAAAACCGCAACCCAGUAGCGGAGUGAAGGCGAAGAGUGGUACGAUGCACAAGCGCGGGACACACUCGUCCCGCAAGAAAGCGCCUCGAGUUCAGCCUUUAAAGACCAGCAUCUGA